GUUGCGUUGCUUUGCGUUGCGCGCGAGCGCUGGGCUGCACUUUGCGCUCGUGCGCCUGGACUUCAGCAGCGCUUCCUUCAGCGGCGCGAGAGCUUCUCCGAGCGCGCGCUCCGCGAACCUUAAAGCCUGCGCAACAUGAGGAACGGCUGCGUCCGCGCGCUUUUGCUUUUGUUAGGCGCCUUUUCGGUUGGAUUUACGCAUUUUGACGAGUGCUAGCCUCAACUUCUGUUUUUCUCUCAUUCUCUCUAUCUUUUAUUUUUCUUUCUUCUUUUUCUACCUCUGUCCCUUUCUCUCUCUCUAUCUCUUCCUCUCCCUCGCUCUUUUUUCCACAAAGAGAAGUGUGCUCAGUCGCUCGGGCGGGCGGGCGCGCGCGCGCGGAGGCAGAAUGAAACGGACAGCUCUGCUCUUCGAGUACCUGCUGGUGAAAGUGAUGGUGCUGGUGUGUCGCGCGGACGGUGAGCCCGAGCAGCAGCUGGACGGCUUCAUCAUGCUGGCGGGCUCCAACGGCUCGCGCGAGGAGGACAGUGGCGGCGGCGGCGGCGUAGGCACCGUGUCCGAGGCGCCGCACACGCAGGAGGAGUGCCGAGGCUACUACGACGUGAUGGGCCAGUGGGACCCGCCGUUCAUCUGCCAGACCGGCAGCUACCUGUACUGCUGCGGCACCUGUGGAUUCCGCUUCUGCUGCGCCUUCAGGGACUCGCGCCUGGACCAGAGCACGUGCAAGAACUACGACACGCCCGUGUGGCUGAAGGGCCAGACGCCCUACAAGAAGAACGACCCCAGGCACGACCCCACCAAGGAUAAGACCAACAUGAUCGUCUACGUCAUCUGCGGCGUGGUGGCCAUCAUGGCUCUGGUGGGGAUCUUUACCAAACUUGGACUAGAGAAGGCGCAGAGGCCGCACAGAGAAAACAUGACCAGAGCUGUAGCCAGCGUGAUGCAGGGCGCCUGUCAGGUGGAACACGAAGAAGCCAUCGGCAUUCACGCUCAGCACUACGACAACAUGCAGGCCAGAGCCAACAACAUGCAGGCGGCCCAGAUGCACAACAUGAGUCAGCCACACCCAUACCCUGCCCUCAGCCAGCUGGCGCCCAUGUACGAGCAACAGCAGCCUGCAAAAGAGCUCAACAAAUAUGCCUCAUUAAAGGCUGUGGCGAAAGCCAAUGGCGACUUUUACAACAAGCAGCACCACCACUUGACGGAACUGGCGGCGAAAGGCACCCUGCCCCUGCACACCAUGAGGAUGGAGCAUGUGGAGCCCACCGCCACCUACGUGACCGAAAUCCCCUGCCCCAAGCAGAACGGACAGAAACCCAAGCCCCCCAAGCCUCACGUGCAGCACCACGUGGCCUACAGCUCCAACACCAUAGCCGCCCCAGGCAUGCUGAAGGGCUGGGACGGCACAGAGACCAUGGGCCGGCGCAAAACCUACGGCCCAAAGAAGCCCUGCCCGGUGGGUCAGAUGAACCAGCUCCACACUGCCCGCAGCCACCACUACCUGCCCACGCAGCCGUACUUCGUCACCAACAGCAAGACGGAAGUGACCGUGUGAGAGACCAACCUGCCUCCGAGAGGCCGCCCGAGCCUCUGCAGAGAGAACGACGGAAGCAGGAAGUAAGGAAGUAAGGAAGAAAGGAAGGAAGUAGAAUCAAUCACUAUCCUGACAGUCAACCUUCAGUCUGCCCCUAGUGGAGUGGAGGCGUAACUGCACAGUUGAGAAAGGCCUCAAUGUGAUUGGCCACUGUAGACAGUCACCUACAGACCUUACCAUGACGAUGGCUGACUGUGAUAACAGGAACAAUCCAGAACAAACUGUUUCCGCUGAAAUUUUGCCUAAAAUUUGUACCUAAAAAUGUGUUCAGUUUGUGUUCAGUCCACAACAUGACAUGAUACACUUUUAGACUGAAAAAUGUCUAGAAUCAGCGAAGAAAAAAAGAGAAGAAAAAAAGAAAAGAAAAGAAAAGAAUAAAAGAGUCAGAUGAAAACAUAAGCAAGCAAUAAAUAUGAUCUAAUAAACAACUAAACUACAAAUAAACGCUGUAAAAACGCUGACUCUUACAAACACAAAUACAAAUGCAUCACAGUAUCGAGCCCAAAGGUCCAAGGGCUAGCGUGGAGUGUGAAACAUGAGCGCCAGAACUCUACACGACACGACGAUCUACUUACUGUACACGAUGUCUGUUUAGCUGGAUCUUCCCUCAGAUCAUUUCUACACUGCUGAGGUUACGGUUUACUGUUUACUGUAUGCGAUGGAACAUGGCGGUAGAUGCCUUAAUAUGAAAAUACUGUUGAAACCCUGGUGUGAAAAGAACUACAGUAAUACUGCAACAACUACUAUUGAUAUUAUUGCCAGUUUAGGUCAAUUUUAACUGAUGAAUUGAUAAUAUAAUAGCAUUCUAGUGUUUAAAAAAUCAGACAAUAGAAUCUGACUAUAUUUUUUUUUAAAUCCCCAACAAAAUAAAGCAUAAAAAUCAAACACUGUUUUUAUACAGAGAAGACAUACCAGCUCAUGGGCUUUCUUUGCUAGAUGAACACCAUGGGCAAUAUUGAGGUCUGCAAAAAUGAUUGAGAUCAUAUUUAUAUAUUGUACAAGUCAUAAUGCUAUUUUAAUUUCUACAGCAUUUUAUUAAUCAUAUAAGGAUUACAAUUAUUGUAAAGUACCUUCAGAUAAUUGCUACAAUAACACAAGUAUUACAGACUAUUAUAUGACAGUUCUAUAUAAAUAUUACAGAGAUAUUACAGUAAUUUGAAAAAUAAAAAAUGUGUGCUGUACAGCUUGAAAUCAUCAUUUAAUUUCAUAUAAAACAUGAUCCUGUUGAUACAUAAUUAUUUAUGCAAUAAUAAAUCAAAUGUAAUAAACAGAAUCCUUAAACUCACAACCUUAACAAUUAAAAAAAAUGUUAAACAAAGCCCAAUCAUUAAAAUAUAGGUAUGGGUAUAGCAUAAGCCCCGCCUCCUCCAUGUCUGCUUUUCACUGAUAGGUUGGGUCUGGAAAACCUUGUUUAGACUUGGUCACUCAACCAGGAUUAUCAGGAAUAUAUCUGGAUUAGUCGAAGUGUAAACUCAUCCAAAGGUACAAAUCUGAUCAUUCAUACCACUUCUUUUGUAGCCACGUUAUAGCAGUGUAAACUGCUUCAAAUUCAAAUUCAACAAAUGAAAAACUAAUAAUUGUGACACACUGCGUGAAUUUGCAUAUUCCUUCCACACAGCAAUCAGAUUCCAGUUUUAAGGUGCAUUUGACCACCAGAUUCAUUUGAAUGUGUUUGGUAAAAUUAGAUCAGAGUACAAUCCAGAUACCUUUUACAUGAAAUGACCAGGUUUAAAUGCAUUUGGUAAAUCUGGAUCAGAAUACAAUCUAAAGACACUAGUCACAUGAAAUGACCAGGUGUAAAUGCAUUUCGUAAAGUUGUAUCAGAAUAUAAUCCAGAUACAGAUUUUCUCGUCCUGUUUAACUCAAAAAUCUUUCAACAAACAGCAAUAAUUAGACUGUAGUAUAAUCGCAAUAAUACACUUGAGGUUUGUGCUAUAACCUGUGAUACUGGCACUGCUCUAAUGUUACAGGUUAUAGCAUAAACCUCAAGUGUAUUAUUGCUUAAUUAAAACAUUUACUAUGCAAAUUCUGUUUAAACUAAUCAUACAAAUCUGCACAAUCUCAGCCCUGCAGUAAGUUUAUAAAGAAUGCUGGCUAAUUCUUCUAGCCUAACAUAUAAAAUAGGGUAACAGUUCCAAAAAUACCAGCCUAAAAGCCUAAAAACACAAAAUAUCAACAAUUCUCAAUUUCACAAACAGCUAGAGCUGGAGCAGUCUAGCUCUAGCAGUCUAGCAGUCUCUAUUUUUCUAAGAUUUUCAAACUUUAAAACGGGUCAGUUUGACCCAGAACAUAACAGGAGGGUUAAAUGAUUGCCUAUUCAGCACCAAAGCAGCAGGUAUCAGUAGCCAACUUUCAAUAAUUUUAGACUUUCUCAAGAGCAAGGGGAUAGCUCCCAAAAGUAGGAAAUCAUGCAAAAAAAAGUAUGCAACUGGUUACAGAAUUUAUAGCAUUUUGCUGUCUGAUUGAAUAUUUAAAAGUUAAUAGUUUCAUAACAGGGUUUACUUUGUAUAAAUUCCACAUCACUGCUCUACAAAACUCAGUAAAACAUGUUAAUGAAAUGACUGCAACAGAAAAAAUACCCCAAUACUAAAACCAAAGCUAAAAAGAGUCGUACAGCACUAAAGAAAUCUUCUAAUUUCGUAUAAUCCAGUAUUACUGCAGUUCUUUUUGUGUUAGGGAAGAGGUGAUAGAAACACAAAUGAACUGUCAUAUCAUGGACUGCUAUUCUAGGGCUGUACCUUUCAUUUUCACUUCAAAAAAAGAGCUUCACAGGUGAAGAUGAGGGAGGUUUGGUUUAAUUCAUCCGCUCCCGCAGAUCUCCGCCGUGUAACGAGCCUCGCGAAGCGCGCUCCGUUUCUCAAGAGCUAGUAUUAUCUUUCGAGGAGAUGAUUUCUACUAUAUUUGUCACAGAGUACCAUGAGGUAGCACUGGCAGUCCGGGAGACGAGGACACGCGGUGAAAAAGCACUGUUAAUGAACAUGGUCACUCUGCUGCAGAUUGUGCCUGUUAGCUCUUGAUCUUGGGAAAUAAGUGUUUGAUCUCCCUGGGGAAUAUUUAACAUUCAUUUCUUAUGUGUUUUAUUGUAACCCUCUCAAACGCAUAAGAGCAUGUUGAACUAUUUGUCAGAUGUUUCUUCACGACCGUAGAUGUAUUCGCAGCUCAGUUGCAACCACAGGGUUUUUAGCACUUUGAUUUCGGUAGUUGAGUAGUCCUGGAGGAGCAUUAUUUUUUCAGACAGACCUUCUGUUGGAAAAAAAAAAAAAAAAAAAAAAAAGCGAUUUUAAAGGUAUAUAUAUAUUUAUACUAUCGCCAGUAUAUAUAUGUAUGCAAAUGAUAACAGUACAUUGUGCCAAGAAUUAGCUUGUUGGAGUUGUGUUUAAUUUUAUUCUUAUCUAUUUGUCUUUUUCACUCAAUUGUACAUUCCAGAUAACAGUGUUUCUGCUGCUGCAUCACAAUAUAGUGGAUGUGGUCGUUCUGGAAAUAACAGUACCUUUCAGAAUCGAGUCAUAAUAUUGGAAUAAAAUAAACUUUUCUUUC